AUGCUAUCAACGGCACGUAUAAAAUGGAAUGAGAGGAUUAGACCGGGCUUCGCCCUAAUUCCCCUGGUGUUGAGCAUUGCGAAAGCUUUUUGUGCGACUGUAGGCCCUCGACGUGCAUAUUUCAUGCCAUGCACCAGACAGCCUAUGUCCACACCACGUCGUUCCCUGUUCUUCCCUUCUUCAAAUCUCCGACAGAAAAUGACGGCCAUCCCUUGUCCCUUCUCUUUCUCUUCUCUCAUAUCUCAUUACUCUCCUUCCGCUUCAUCCACCUAUGCUCCGUCUUUCUCCUCUUCCUCCCUUUGCUCCUCCUCCUCCUCCUCCUCCUCCUCCUCCUCCUCCUCCUCCUCCUCCCCCUCUUCGUCUCCUCCAUCUUUGCCACCCCCUUCCUCUGGGACAAUAGCCGCCUCUUUGGCAUGGGCCACGUCUUUCCUCCUCGACCACAACGUCCCCGACGCCGCCCUCUCUGCCGAAUACCUACUGCUUCACGCCCUCCACUACCCGCCAUCAACGCCGCGGCGGGUCCUUCAUGAACGGGUCUCCGAGGGAAGUGAAGAGAAAGGGGAAAAUGUUCUACCCCCAGGUAUAUCCUCAACCUUCCUUACAUCCGGGCUGCCUUUCAAUCCCUGUUAUACCGGCAUGGAAUUAAGCGGGAGCCAGUGCAGUAUUUGGUGGGAGGUUGGGAUUUCCAUCGCAUCCAUUUAG